AACACAGAAUGUAUCAGGGAACCAAGACAAGUGGACUUUAAAUUAAGAAGCAGACGACCCAAAUUCCAAGUUUUGACAGAGUAAGAAAUGGCACAUUUCUCGAGACUUUGGCUUUUAAGUCGACAUUUAUACCCACAGGCGACCAUUAAUAGGGUAGCUGGUUUGGUCAAUUCCGGGUUGCAACGACGUUUUGCUUCAUCUGCUGCAGAAACAGGGGAAACUGUUAUUACUGAGAGACAAGACAACAUCUUUCUAGUAGGAAUAAACCGACCAGACAGUCGUAAUGCAGUGAAUCGACAGACAGCUUUACUCUUAAGAUCAGCAUUUGAAGAGUUUGAUAAAGAUCACAGCCUAAGUGUAGCUGUUUUCUAUGGUGUUGGUGGUAACUUUUGUGCAGGGAUGGAUCUGAAAGAGGUGUCAUCAUACCAAGACUUUGAUUUGAAAGAAGUCAAUUUGGAUCCACAGGGACCAAUGGGUCCUAGUAAGAUGAUACUAAGCAAGCCAGUGAUUGCAGCAGUGAGUGGCUAUGCAGUAGCAGGUGGUAUGGAGCUAUCAUUGAUCUGUGAUAUGAGAGUAGUUGAGAAGAGCGCUACCUUCGGAAUAUUCAACAGGAGAUUUGGCAUCCCUCUGAUUGAUGGUGGAACAGUCCGUCUGCCUAAACUCAUUGGUCUUUCCAGGGCACUUGAUUUGAUCCUAACAGGAAGACCAGUUGGAGCUGAAGAAGCUUAUAGCUUUGGUCUCGCUAAUAGAGUGGUACCUGAUGGAGAAGCACUUGAUCAUGCAAUCCUUCUUGCCAAACAGAUCGCUGCAUUCCCACAGGGAUGUAUGAAAACUGACAGACGAUCUGCUUAUAAUAGCUCCUUUGAUGGCUCUACAUUUCAAGAUGCUUUGCAUUAUGAGUUUGAUACCGGUUCGGAGGUUCUUAGCACAGAGUCAUUGCCGGGUGCGACACAGUUUGUGAAAGGAAUGGGUAGAGGUGGAUCUUUUGAGUCCCAAGAGUGAAUAAAUGUAAGUUUUAAUAGAUGUUAAAUUUGCAUCGGGGAUAAAGAAUAUUAAUUUUGGUUUUUACCCAUACACCGAUGUGUGUU